AUGCAAAACGACACCAUCGCGUCGCUCACCGCCGAGCUUGCUCGAGUCACCGAGGCACUCCGUGUAGCCAAGAGAGAUGAUGGGAAACCCCCGCCAACCCCCCAGACGGUAGAGGAGGCCAGUUACGAGCUCAACGUGGUGCAACAUUGGCGAGAGGCAAAGACCGUGCGGGACGCUUGGCGCCUCUGGAACUCCGCCACCGCCAAUGACACCCGUCGCCUUUGCGACACGGUCGCCGAGCCGGGGUUCAUCGACCGCCACACCCUCCUCAAAGGCGCGACGCACGGUGCACUCAACAUGAGGGUGCGCCGCAUGCUGAAGGCCAUGGAUGCGGUGCGCCAGCUACGCGCGAGCGACGGCGAUGCCGACACCGAAGCCGUGGUCGAUGCACUGAACACGAUCGCGGCACCGGGCAUUGGGACCAUCUGCGAUGCCCUCACGGUGCUCAACCCGGAGACGGCAUCGAUGAUGUCCAAGGAGCCUGGCAUGGGCGUCAAGGGGCUUGCCCCCAAGGUGGUCUCAAAGCUACGCCUCGCCUGUGCGCUGGUGGCGCUCGAGCUGAAGCCGACGACGUGGGUCGACCGCCUGUUUCCAGACACCUGGGAGGUGCAGAUGCCAAAGACCGUGGCCGACUUGGCCAAGCAGACCGCACAUGCGCAGCGUCCUCCGUCAAAGCGCAAGAAGUCAGCAUGA